AUGACUCGAGAUACGAAUAGUCGACGGGCAAAAGACUUAGCAGCAUUGGCUGGUGUAGAGUUAUUCCAGGGAACCUUUGCCAGUGAGGAUGACCUGACUAGUGGAUUUACCGGCUGUGAUGGUGCUUUUGUGAAUAUCGACAGCUUUAACUGCGGCGAAAAAUCAGAGCUCUUUUGGGGCAUACGAGCUUAUGAGAUAGCAAUCUCCGUUGGCUUGAAAUUCUAUGUCUGGGGUAAUCUUGACUACGGAUUAAAAAAGGGUGACUGGAACCCAAAGUAUCGAUGCGGCCACUACGACGGCAAAGGACGAGUCGGGGAUAUGGCACUCUCUCCUUUGACCAUCAUGACGCCGCGACUUAUCGAUGGAGUAGUUACAUGGUCGGUCCCCCUAGGGGAGGGAGAAAUUUCUCACGUGGCCCUCUCAGACUGUGGUAUCUAUGUACGUUGGCUAUUUGACAACAAUGAUCGAGCAAAUGGUCUGGAUCUUGAAGUGGCCAUUGCCCACAUCUCGUAUUCCGAAAUGGCUGCUGCUUUCACAAAGGUGACAGGAAGGCCUGCACGUUACGUGGAUGUUCCAUUUGCAGAAUAUUUCAAGGCAUUCAGUGGGCGUGAGUCGUUCAUGAACGUGUUGAAAAAUCCACGUAUGGGGUUGAUGUCCAAAUUGCGAUUCGGGUUUGGCUUUUCAACUAAACAACCAUCUUCUUACAACGCCGACCCGGCAGAUCCUGCCACAUUGAGCUUUGAAACGAACUUCACAGGGUUCUGGAACCUAUGGAGAGCGAGCAAAGGUAACAAGGGGGUCAUGAGAAGAAACUACGAAUUGCUGGACGAAAUACAUCCAAAUCGAAUCAGAAGUGCUGAAGAGUGGUUUACAAAAGAGGCAGAGAAAGGCGACCUCUGGGAGCGGGUAAAUAAUAUGGCCCCAAUACUCAAGUGGAGUGAGGACGGUGCGCACGGUACACUUUGA